GCUGUCAAUCGGUGUGGUUGAAUUUUUGCGUGCCGGAAGGGAAGUUUUGGUGAUAUUUUUGGGUAAAAAAAGCAGAGUCCCUAGAACUAGUCAUGGAUUGUGUGAGUGUGCAAUCGACGUACGACCUGAAGCAGUAUUCCUCGGUGCCCAGCUAUGGCCUCAAGCUCAGCUUCAACCACGUUUUCCCGGAGAAGAGACACCAGAACAUACGCCCCUCAUUUCGACAAACAAUCCCACUUUUGCCCCUCUUUUACAGGUAUUUGUCCUAUUAUUGGAAAGUGACCAGAGAAGGCCGGCAGUGCUUAAUGGAUUACUACGACAUGCAGAAUGCCAAGUGUAUUUAUGGGACACCGAUAGGAGGAAUUGGCGCCGGAACGAUCGGACGGGGUUUCAGUGGGGAGUUUUGCCGAUUCAGCAUGAAGCCAGGACUCUAUGAAUACAACACUGUUGUGGCGGAUCAGUUUUUUGUCACGAUUCGCGAUGAGAAUGAUCAGACAAUCUUUCAGAGUCUCCUCUCAACGUACAACCGACCAAAGAAUCCAUUGAGUGCGUGGGAGAGCAAUUUGGAUGCCACGAAGUGUCACUACACGGCUCUCUAUCCGCGCUCCUGGAGUGAAAUUGACUUGUCUGAACACGGCGUGAGACUCAUCGGGCGCCAAGUAUCACCGGUUAUUCCCCAUGACUACAAAGAUUCAUCUCUGCCGUGUGCGGUGUUUGUGUGGAGCGUGGAGAACACCUGUGAUAAGGAGCGAAAGGUCUCCAUCACGUUCACGUUUAAGAAUGGCACGGGAACAAAAAAGCAAGAUGCUGAAGGCAAUCCCACGACUUUCCCAUUUGGUGAGGGCACAGCUAAAGGUGUAGCUAUAAAGCAGACAAUCGCCGGCAUGGAGUGCACAUAUAAUUUGGCGUGCAAAAACGCUGGCGAUGUGACAAUCUCACGAUGCCACAAGUUCGAUCCGAAUGGCAGUGGUGAGAAACUGUGGAGUGAUUUAAGGGACACCGGAAAGCUCACGGACAAGUCCGUGGAUGAGAAUCUGAAAGGGAAGGACGUCGGAGUGGCAGUGAGUGGGCAAAUCACCGUGAAACCCGAUUCGUCUGGAGAGGUGGAAUUUUGUUUGGCAUGGGACAUGCCGAUAGUGAAUUUCGGGAAGAAAUUGAAGAAAUACUCGCGCUAUUAUACAAAACAUUUUGGCAACUCCGGCGAAGGAGGACCGCGAAUCGCUGACUAUGCAUUUGUGAAUUACCUCAAGUGGGAGCAGCAGAUUGAUGCCUGGCAGAGGCCAAUUCUGGAGGAUCCAGAUCUUCCUGAUUGGUACAAGAGUGCCAUCUUCAAUGAAUUAUACUUCAUUUCUGACGGCGGAACUUGUUGGUUCACCAUUGAUCCUAAGGAUGACUUGGCCUAUGACGAUCCUCGAUUGGCUUAUGGACGAUUUGCUUAUCUUGAAGGCCAUGAAUACCGCAUGUUCAACACUUACGAUGUGCACUUCUAUGCCUCUCAUGCUAUUGCUAAUCUGUGGCCUAAUCUUCAAGUGAGUCUGCAGUAUGACUUCCGCGAUAGCAUCUUUGCUGAGGUCGGGGAGCCACGGAAGUGUCUCUAUGAUGGCAAAAUCAGCUGUCGCAAGGCGAAAGACAGCGUGCCGCAUGAUCUGGGCGAUCCAUGCGAGGAACCGUAUAUUCUGCCUAACUCCUAUCCCAUUCACGAUGUGGCGGAGUGGAAGGAUCUCAACACUAAGUUUGUGUUGCAAGUGUUCAGGGAUUAUCAUGUGUUGAGCCAGUUGGCUCAAGCGAAUGCGGAGAAUGCCAGCAAAUUCAGCUCAAUUGAGUUCAUCGAUAAGGAUAGCCUGUUCGAGAUGUACACGCUAGACAAUAAGCAUCGCUUGUCGCCGGACGACAAAGCCAAUCGCAAAUCGGCCUCAAUGUACAUCAACGAGACGAAUGGAAAGGUGUACCUGAUGGACGCGAUGGUGUAUCUAAAGGCUAUGUAUCCGGCCUGCAAGGCUGUCAUGGCCAAGUCUCUCGAGUGGGAUCACGAUGAUGACGGGCUGAUAGAGAAUAGCAAGUUUCCUGAUCAGACCUAUGACUCCUGGGUCAUGGAUGGACCGAGCUCUUAUUGCGGAAGUCUUUGGCUGGCUAGUCUUCACUGCAUGGCCAUAAUGGCUAAUAAGAUGGACCAACCGGAGGAGUGCGUCAAGUACACGGACAUCCUGGAGAAAGGGAAGCGAUCUUUCGAAGAUAAGCUGUGGAAUGGGUCGUUCUAUAAGUUCGACACAGCGCCAGCCAACAAGGACACCGUGAUGUCUGAUCAACUGUGCGGCCAUUGGUACAUGAAGAGCUGCGGUUUUGAUUACGAGCUCUUCCCCAAGGAGAACGUGCGCUCGGCUCUCAAAGUGAUCUUUGAGAACAACGUGAAGCGCUUUUGCAACGGUAAUUUGGGCGCUGUGAAUGGAUAUAUCCAGAAUCCCGUGCCAGAUAAGGACGGUCAUCCGGAUUGGACAACAAUCCAGAGUGAGGAGGCUUGGACGGGCGUGACAUACGGCCUAGCGGCGCUCAUGAUCCACGAGGGGAUGUUCGAGGAGGGCUUUGCAACUGCGGGCGGGCUGUACCAGACCAUGUCCGAGCGAAUCGGAUUAAACUUUGAAACUCCUGAGGCAUUGUACGCUGAAAGGACCUACCGAGCCAUCGGUUACAUGCGUCCGCUCAGCAUCUGGUCAAUGCAACUGGCUUGGGAGCGACGCAAGCACACCAGAGACUAAAAUUGCUCAGCUGAGAUGUUUCACCCCUUUUGCAUUCCACUAUCUUUAUGCGAUGUGUGUGUGUGUGUGUUCCGAGUACAAAUGGUUACAAGGCUAGUUCACGGCUUCAGCUCUUUACAAAAAAAAAUGUAAUCUCUCGCACACGGAAUGAAUUUGACUCAAUUUUUCGCGAUAUGAACAAAGAUGUUACCCCGGAAAUAUUUACACUGGAGUCCCAUAUGUUAUUGGUGUUACAUGAGCUCAAGCAGUAUAAUUGAGACAGUCGUAGUUUUAUGAUUUUUAUAAUUUAACUGUGGUGCUUUAAUUGGUGAUCAAUAAGAUAUUUUUCCAAUUAUUUUAUUUUCUAUUUAGGCUGUAGACGUUUUUGUAAUUGUGAUCCGUUUUUGUGAAUUCCCAGUACUUGUUUGUGCAUAAGUAUUCUUCGUUAGUAUGUUUUUCACAUUGAAAUUCGAUUUUUACAUAUGUUCCUCUUAAAUUGCGCUGUAAGGGAAAAGAGAUUGUGAAUGAAAGAUGAGACGUACAAAAUAAAUGGAAAUGCAGGAUUUUAGAGAAAGGAUCAAAAGCAAGCUUGAAAAGCUUAUUGUGAGUAAAACA